AGAGUAUCAUUGUAGUGUUUCCUUAGUGGCAGUAACGUCCAGUGCCUCCCAGCGUUUGGAUAUAUCCCGCCCCCCCAGCCUGCUUAUCAACCCCUUCCCGGCCUGAUAACGUCCAGGCAGCAACACACCAGAUAAAAGAUCAUCGUCUGCAUUAUCCUCAUCGUCAUGCUUUCGUGGGUCAAGGAGGCGCUGGCCCACGUGAAGCCAAGAAAGAAGCGUCGCUCAAACAGCAGUGUAGUCAGCACGUUCAGCGGCGGUGGGGAGGAGCCGGAGAGUGCGGAAGACAGCCUCGGCUUGCUUAAGGAGGAAAUUCAUAAAACAAACAACGAUGAUCACAUCCGUCAUUUGAUGCUCCCAACGCCGCUUCCAUCAACUUCACCAUCAGCGCCGACGUCAAGCCACCACUCCCCUUCACCACCACCUCCCUUAUCCACCCGCCUCUCAGGUGCCCCAGCCUUGCAGCCACCUCACGUGUAUCCAGCGCUGGCACCAUGCAGCCAGCCACCCACACCCUCCAACACUCAGCCGACGCCACCCUCAAGCUUGCCCUCCCUGAGUCCGCUAGAGCCCCCUACCUCACGGAAUACCAAUGACAAUGCGCUAUCAAUACCCGAACCUGAAAUGCCUUUGGGUAGCCAGCAGAGCCCGCAAGUGCCUGAAGAGGACUUUAGUGCUGGGCAAGAGAACCAGAGCGAGAACACCCUGCAGGCAGCUGCAGGCGAUGUGUUGGGCCCAACAAUCGAUGAGAGCUCAUAUCCCUCCUGCUUCAUGACAACCGCGCUCACGAGCCAAAUUGGUCAGUUGGUCACGGUGCAGGACGAAAAAUAUGUGCUAGUUGUGGUAAUGGGAAAUGUGCAGACGGUGUUCUUGAGUGGUGAGCCUCGCAAUAUUCCGCCCUGCAGGCUGGUCUGGCGAGCAGCCCAGCCGGUGCCUCUUGUCGAACUUCCAGACUCUACUUUUGUCGAGGUAGACGCCGUUGUGUGCCCUGAAAGCAAGAGGUUACAUGCAGUGGUGAUUUGGCAAGACACUAAGCCCGGGAGAUGCUUGCAGCUGCUCAACGACACUUACUUGUUCUUGGACAGUCGAAACGUCACAUACUGGCCGAGAUUCGAGGAUAUACUCGCCAGAAAACUAGCCGUCCUGUUUGACGGAACCAUCGUUUCAGCAGAAGUUUGUGAUGCCGUUGUCUUCAUAGGACUGGCAAAGGCCACUUUGGCCGAGCUGCUGCAGCACAAUCUUGAACAAUGUAACGCCACGGUGUACAAAGUGUUGGAGGGGACGGGCGGCGGGCGGGUCCUGUAUGUGUGCACGUGUCUGUGGGUGGGACAGAAACCACCCUCAAGCAGCCUGCCGAUGGUGGUAAACAAGAAGACGUUGUAUGCCAGAGAAUCUCACGGCCUUUACACUACAACCGAGAAAAAAGUCACCCUUUGCCUUGACCUGGACGCGAGCCUUUGCGUCUCGGAUGGCACAGCAACUCUUCAGGUGGAUCUGGACGGGUCCCGGAGGUCCCUAAAGGCCACUGAUCCACUGGGCCUGGAGCCUGGCUGCCAGGAAGCGAGUGAGACUACGCGAGUCAGUGUCCAUGUUAGGAGGGAAAAUUUCUGCAAGAAGCCCAAGAAGCUGGUGGCUUUCUCUGCUGCUAUGAUUAAGCCUCCCGACUCGACAGUUUUAGAUGCGAUCUUUAGUAAGAUGUCGGCGUGGGAUCUUCUUUCAAAAGCAGCGCCUCACUGUCCCUCAGGCUCCAAAGAUAUAUCGAUGGAGGUCUGCAAAAGCGAUUCAGCUGGACAUAGUGCCGAUGGCCAACAGGUUAGGGUUUCAUCCUCUCUAAAGGCCAGUGCUCCGGUUGUACAAAAUGCUAGUGUUCCAGCUGCACAAAACACCCCUACUACAGCUGCACAAAAUACCCCUAAGACUGCUGCACAAAACACCCCUACUACAGCUGCACAAAAUACCCCUACUACAGCUGCACAAAAUACCCCUAAUACAGCUGCACAAAAUACCCCUAAGACAGCUGCACAAAACACCCCUACUACAGCUGCACAAAAUACCCCUAAGACAGCUGCACAAAACACCCCUACUACAGCUGCACAAAAUACCCCUAAGACAGCUGCACAAAACACCCCUACUACAGCUGCACAAAAUACCCCUAAGACAGCUGCACAAAACACCCCUACUACAGCUGCACAAAAUACCCCUAAGACAGCUGCACAAAACACCCCUACUACAGCUGCACAAAAUACCCCUACUACAGCUGCACAAAAUACCCCUAAGACAGCUUCACAAAACACCCCUACUACAGGUGCACAAAAUACCCCUAAGACAGCUGCACAAAACACCCCUACUACAGCUGCACAAAAGGGUAGUGUUCCACCUACACAAAAGACCUCUGGUACAGAUGCACAAAAGCCCUCUGGUACAGCUGCGCAAAAGGGUAGUGUUCCACCUACACAAAAGACCUCUGGUACAUCUUCACAAAAGACCUCUGGUACAGCUGCGCAAAAGACGUCUGGUAAAGCUGCAAAAACAAACAAAAAAAGUGCCAGCCUCAGUCAGCUGUCAGACACAGGGAAGCAGUGGGAUUACUUGACGUGCAGCGUGUUGGCGGCAGACUCUAGCGUGGCGGUGGUCACGGGGGCCGGAAAGAAAAUCAUUGUAGCCAAAGCAGACCUUUUUGUCAACGGAGCCCCUCUCAAAAUGAAAGAUAAUGUCGCUUUAAUACUGAAAAAGGUUCCAAACUUAGGCGUAAUGUACAUGCAAUCUCAUGAGGUGCACGAAGUCCACGGGCACUUUGUGGAUCUUGUAACAGUAGCGGCCUGGGUAGGAAAGAAACCAAGCUCCAUCAACAACAUUGUUGAACAACGGCUAUCAGCACUGAAGAAGGUGGCGGCCCCCAAAGUGACCCCACCCCCAACUGCUGCCCGUAAAGUGACCCCAAACCAAACUGCUGCCCAUAAAGUGACCCCGACCCCACCUGCUGCCCCAAAAGUGACCCCGACCCCACCCGCUGCCCCAAAAGUGACCCCAGUACCUCCCGCUCCCCUUCCUGCCGGGGUGACUACAGUAAUUGCUGUGUGCAUGAUCAGGAAAAUCAUCCAGAACAACGCGAUCCUUGUAGUUCGUAGCAAGUUCCUUCCUGGGAAUUGUGGGACGGCCCAGGCCCGCCUCUGUGAUAUGUACGAUAACGGGACUCCUAUAACACAGACCGAGGUGAAUGUAAAAGACAAAGUGUUGUGGCACUGUCAACUGAAAAUCAAUAAUAAUGGAAAGCAGCUGAAGGUCCCUGUGGCCUGGCGUGGAAAGAAGCCGGGGAGCAACGCCUCGUCGAAGAGCACAGAGAGCCAGCCCCCCCGCCAGGCUCUCAGCACCGGCGACCUGACCACCUCCUUUUCUCGCCCACUGGGAACCGUCGCCUUCAUCCAACAAGACGGCCGCCAAACACCUCCCUCGUCGCCUCCAAAGGUGCUGAAGGGGGAGGUAGCGGAGGUGCUGGCGGAGGGGGGGCGCCUGAGAGGGGAGGAUGGCCGCGACUACCUCUUCUCCCUUGAUGUCUGCUUCCUCUUCGGCGUGUGUCUCCACCAUAUUGAGCCGAGUCAGGUGCUACAAGUCGGCAUGAUGGUGGAGUUCGAGGUGGCGGAAAGGAGUCGCAGUAAGAGCAGCGAGGUGACGGAGGAGGCGGUUCGGCGGGUAUGGAUGGAGGGUGAGGACGCGUCCCUCGCCCUCCUGCCCACUGACUCGAUGAUUGACUCCUGGUGCAGCGACAACAGCGUCUCCUCGGCCACGCGGGAUGCCCUGAAGCAGGAGGCUGAGCUGCUGUCCCCGAGUCUGUUCCCCACCGCCCUCAAGAUGGAGGCAACCACCACCGUCGACAUCAGUUAGUGGCGCCCAGAUGGAGUCGAGUGUGCAGCCCCGUGUAUUCCGUCCACCAGAGUAAUCUAUAUAUAGUCCGUUUCAUUCCGUAUGUCCACUCACGAACGUAGAUGUGGCACCUGCGCAUUGUUAGUUCGUGAUUGCAUGAAGAUCAACUUUAUAUUUUCAGUGAUAUAUUUGAAUGUUUGUGUAUACAAAAAAAAACUCAAGCCCUCUUAUUUGAACCGCAAACAUGCCGAUUUGCAUCGAUAACUACCAUACAAGCACACGAAAGAACAACGUGUAUAUCAAACAGUAUAGUCUGAUCAUACUCGAACGAUUCAUAGCCUUUCAGAUACCCAUAUUUCAUCUCAUUCAGGUACAUAGAGUGAUAUCUGGCUCUGCAAGUGCCUGUACAUAAGGAAUUUGGAUGUGUUGCAUGUAAAUAACAUGGGUAGCCUAAUAUGCGAAAUAGUCUAGCAUCACAUUCAAGUUAUUAUUUACUAUUUCAUGUUAUUUUGAUUAUAUUAAUCGUUAUUUACUUACAGUAAAUUAUUAAGAUACCUUUUAUUUGCACUUGCAGAGCCAGAUGUCUUUUUUUUAAUAUACCUGAAAUGAGCUAUCAAUGAAUUUGAAAAAACAUAGAUCGUUCGAGCAUGAUAUGACUUUGUUUUUGAUACAAGCUUGUCUUUUGGUGUGCGUGUAUGUUAGGUUAUCGAUACAAACGACUUUUUUGUAGUAUACAUAAACAUUCAAAUAUAUUAUUGAAAAAUAAGCUUGAAUGUCCAUCACAACGGUUUAUUUUCACGUAUUCACGAACUAGAAAUUCGCAGGUGCCACAUCCAUCAAAAUUCCCGCUUUGUUGGUGGACAGAUGAAAUGAAACAGACCAUAGUAGGCGAGAAGACCCUUGAGGAGAAAGGGCUGGUGGUGGUCAGCUCCUUGCCCCGCAGUGGCUCGAUGCUCCUCGCCCAGAUCCUCGCCUCUGCCAACUACUCGGUGCUGUUCUUUGAGCUGCUCUCCCACUUCCACAAGUUGCCUUGCUUCCAGAAUGGCUCUGCGUCCCAAGGUUCAUCGAGAGCCUCUUCGAGUGUACAUUCGACGACAAGUUUGAUGCCUGGUUGAAGGGAAAAGGGAUGUUUGUGGAGUAUUACCAUCCAUCAGUGGCUCGGUGCUUCCAGUGGCCCAGGGAGGGGAACAGCGUGUGCGGGCGUCGGCUGGACCUGAGGGCGCUGUGUCGCGGCGCGCGUCAUGGCGGUGAAGGUGAUCAGGGUACGGCUGGCCUGGCUGGUGGCGGUGUUUGACACGUCUGGCAUUAAAGUUGUUCAUCUGACCCGCAACCCGUGCGACGCCUUGGCCUCCAUCAGCAGGAUGAGCUGGGAAGCCAGCCCUUCCUGGCGAUGCCGUGACCUCAACGCCGACCUUGAACCUACACUGCCCUCCGCGCGCGCAACCCCGGCAAGAUCAUCCAAGUCAGUCUCGAGGAACUUUCUUCAGAUUCUGUCGAGGCCACGCGGACAACGCUCCAUUUCCUCUCUGGUAGCUCUGUGUUGGGAGAAUCAACACGAGUAUUCAUGGCGGAACACACCAAUGCGUCCCACUCCUGGCCCAACGAGGGCAACAUGGACACCCACCGGAACAGUGCGCGGGAGGCGGGGGCUUGGCAGGGCAGAGUGCCGGCGCGCCAGCUCCAUGCCAUGGAGUGGGAGCCCCAGUGCCAUGCGGCCAUCACCAAGCUGGGCCGCGCCCUCCACAGGCAGGAACAUGAGGCACUCGGCUGCAAGUCUCCAGACAACAACGAUGAGGGAUCCAAAUGUCCAGUAACGUGAUAUUAUGAUAAUUCUCUCUCUCUCUCUCUCUCUCUCUCUCUCUCUCUCUCUCUAUACAUAUAU